CACAUCACUGCUGUGUUUCCGUGUGUUGUAUCGUUUCCGCUGUGUUCGCGUUAAUGUUGUAAUAUAUAUCUGUGGAUUUUGCAUCGACCUGGACGGAUCCAUCUGUUGUAUCCUUCACAUUUCUUGCCGUCAGGAUGAUCCCGACCGAGGACGCGUCCGCUCGGAAGCAGGAGAUCGAGGACAAACUCAAACAGGAACAAGAAACUCUGUCUUUUAUUCGUGAAAGCCUGGAGAAGAGUGAUCAGCUCACUAAAGGAAUGGUGUCCAUCCUGUCCUCGUUCGAGAGCCGUCUGAUGCAGCUGGAGAACUCCAUCAUCCCGGUCCAUAAACAGACGGAGAACCUGCAGCGUCUGCAGGAGAACGUGGAUGUAACCCUCUCCUGCAUGGACCACGUCAUCAGUUAUUAUCAAGUGGCCAAAGACACCGACAAGAUCAUUCGGGAAGGGCCUGCAGCUCAUCUGGAAGAGUAUCUGGCCUGCAUUGCAAAGAUCCAGAAAGCCGUGGAGUAUUUUCAGGACAACAAUCCUGACAGUCCUGAUCUCAACACUGUGAAAGCACGCUUCGAGAAGGGUAAGGAGCUGCUGGAGGCGGAGUUUCGCAGCCUGCUGAUGCGCUACAGCAAGCCAGUGCCACCCGUCCUCAUCCUGGACGCCAUCGGAGGAGACGAGGACAUGGAGGUGCAGGAGGACGUGACGCUGAAGCACCUGCCUGAAGCCGUUCUGAAGAACAUCAUCCGCAUCUCUGGCUGGCUGCUUGAGAACGGAUGCAACCAAGACUUCAUGAACGUGUAUUUCCAGAUCCGGUCCAGUCAGCUGGAUCGCUCCAUUAAGGGUCUAAAGGAGCAUUUCCGUAAGAACAUCGCCAGCUCUGCCACCCACUCGCCCGCCGUUCAGACCAAACGCAAGGAGACGUCCACCAAGAAGCCUCCCAAAAGACCAGGUUUCGAUCAUGACCUGCGAGGGGUUAAGCACCUGUCUGACUACAAGCACGGGGCGACUGCAGGGAAGGAUGACGUGUUGGACAUCGAGGUCGAUUCGUACGUCCACUGCAUCAGUGCGUUUGUGAAGCUGGCUCAGAGCGAAUACGCUUUACUGACCCAGAUCAUCCCAGAACAUCACCAGAAGAAGACCUUCGACUCGCUCAUCCAGGAAGCGCUGGAUAAUCUGAAGCUGGAGGGUGAUAACAUCGUCUCUGCGGCGCAGCGAGGCAUCAUGAGACACGAUUACUCCUCUGUGCUGACCGUCUUCCCCAUCCUGCGCCAUCUCAAGCAGACCAAGCCAGACUUUGACGCCACGCUACAGGGAACGGCUGCCAGCACCAAGAACAAGCUCCCAGCUCUCAUCACUUCUCUGGAGAGCACCGGAGCCAAAGCGCUGGAGGAGUUUGCUGACAGCAUUAAAAACGAUCCGGAUAAAGAGUACAACAUGCCGAAAGACGGAACCGUCCACGAGCUCAUCAGCAAUGCCAUUCUGUUCCUGCAGCAGCUGCUGGACUUCCAAGAAACAGCCGGAGCGAUGCUGGCCUCUCGGGAGAGCAGCGCGUCCGCCAGCAGCUACAGUUCAGAGUUCAGCCGGAGACUCCUGAGCACAUACAUCUAUAAAGUUCUCGGUAAUCUGCAGCUGAAUCUGUCCAACAAAGCUAAAGUGUACGAAGAUCCGGCCCUGAGCGCCGUCUUUCUUCACAACAACUACAACUACAUCCUCAAAUCCCUGGAGAAGUCUAAGUUGAUUCAGCUGGUCGCUGUGACCCAUGAGAAGGUGGAGGAAUCAUACAGAGAGCUCAUCGAGCAGGAGAUCCAGAACUACCAGGACAGCCACAGCUGGAAGAAGGUCACAGUGCAUCUGGCAGAGAGAAACAUCCCAGCAUUCCAGCCUGGAACCAAACUCAAAGACAAGGAACGACAGAUCUUCAAGGACAAAUUCAAGGGUUUUAAUGACGGUCUGGAGGAGCUGUGUAAGAUCCAGCAGGGCUGGGCGGUUCCUGAUAAAGAGCAGCGGGAUGCCAUCCGCCAGGCUCAGAAGAGAGUGGUUUCAGAGGCUUAUAGAGCCUUCCUCCAGCGAUGCGCAAACAUUUCAUUCACCAAAUAUCCAGAGAAAUAUCUCCGAUACUCAGCGGAGCAGGUGGAGGAGAUGAUUGACAAGCUCUUCGACACUUCUGCCUAGGCCACGCCCACUCGUCACCAUAGCCACGCCUCUGCUUCAUCACACACAUCACAACGUGGAACGUCUGUGUAUUUUUGCUUGCUUUUUGUAUAAAUGUAUUUAUGUGUAUGUUUUUUGGGAUUUAACUGCAGUAAAUAAAGAGAAUUCAGUUUCUUCA